AUGAACACAUUAAGCUCUCUAAUUGUCUUCGUUGAAAAACGCUCGUCUUCGGCAUCUUGCAAGAGCGGUGCUGAGGGAGACACUCCAUUGGUUCGCAAUACUCCAGAGAUCGGAUCGUUUUAUGUAUGGUGCAAGAAAUGCGAUGACAUCCAGCGGGCUAAACUGCGAGUCUAUUGCAACGAGUGCACUUCAUCUGCUGUUCUGGUGAAGAAGGAGCCAUCAUGUUGGAGGGAUGUCCUGAAGAGCCGGCAGAUUGAAGUAAACUGUGCCGACUGUCAUGCCACCUCGUAUGCUGCAUUCUGUUUCAAGUGUAUCAAAUGUAAUGAGGUAGGAGCCGUCCUUUCCCACAUUCGUGGUAACUGGGAACAUGCUGAGUGCAGUGUCUGCUUGGAUGAGCACACUACGUAUCUUUUUGAUUUCGGUUGUCGUCAUAUGGUCUGCCGUCAGUGUUUGUAUGAAUGCUUAGCGUUCGCUCUCAAAGAAGGUCGCUUCGUUUUUCGACCUCCUUUUGGCUACACCAUUACGUGCCCGUAUCCAGGUUGCGAAAGAGUAUUCUGUCCUUACCCGGACUGCAAUUCAUCAUUUUUCUGGGAAACAGAAGAUGAUGACGGGAAGACAUCAUGCCCGGAUUGCCUUCGCCUUUUCUGCAGGCUUUGCAAAUCUGCCCAAUGCGUUUGCGGCAUAGAAGAUCCGACAACAAUCACGAUACAGGCUACGACAAAGUAA